UCUCGAUCUUUCUCGUUCUCCUCGCUUGCGAUCAUGCUGUGCUUUGGCUUGCGUUUCCCCACGCCUCCCGCGAGCGUUCCGGACGAAAAUCUCCUCAACGAUGCGAGAAAGCAAGGUAAUCCGGUGCUCCUGGGCCUCCUCGAGGAUGGAGACAAGCCUGUCUUGAUCAGCUUCAGCAACAGGCAUGUGGACACGCUCCUCCGUCUCGUGAAGGCAGCGGAUUUCGAAGGAAUGGAGAAGAGGCUGUCGAGAAUCAAGAAAGAAGUGGACGAAAUCCUGCGGCUAGUCACCGACGAGGCCUCCCGGGUCGCUGUGAAGGCAAUGCAGCUGGAUAUCGGACUGGGACUGAUCGACACAUCGCCAAUGCUCCUCGUCUUUGACUGCAUGCGGAUCUUCUCGGACAGGCUUACGAGGAUCUACCGCAAGACCUGCGAAAAGGAGCUAAGCUCUGCGAUCAGAGCUUCAUUCGACAAGCCACUCCGCAAGGCCUGCGAGGGACGCACUCUCCAUGCGAAGAAAGCGGAUUUGACGUGCUCCGCGACUUUCACAAUGUUCGCGGCUGGUUUGUCCGAGGCUAUGCAGGAACCCGUGGAGAAUGGCCUCUCUGAAGAAGCCGUGAAAAGUCUGGCUAACUUCUACCGAGGCGUUAUCGAAAGGUACGUUGUGGAAUCCAAAGGAGAGCUUGACGAGGAGGCUGAAGAUCUCUUCAAGGCAUUGGCACCAGAAAGCAAGCCAGAACUCGAGCUCGUUCUGAAGGAGUGGGCGACCUUCUACAGUCAACGUGACAAACGCAACAAAGCUGCUCACCCCGCAACUUUCAUCGAGGGCCCUCAGGAGGAUACUCAAACCGAGUAUGCACGCCUGGUCUACAUGAAGGAGGCGUUGGAGAUCCUGAGCAGGGGCAAUAACCUUGACGUGGUGGGGAAAUGUGCGGUCGUGCACUAUCGAAACUACGUGGAGCAUCACGGGGCGGCGAGUGCUGGAGGUGCUGGAGAAUCGAAGGAGUAAAGGAAAGCUACGAGUGGUAAAUGCCGGCUAUGCCUGGUCCUGGUGGCGGGACUGAGAUUUUUUUUUCCAGGCUUUUCAAUCGCCAAUUGUAUAUUCAUCUCUGUUCCAAUAAAACGC